AUGUCUUCCAAAUCUACGCAAGUUGCAGGCCUUGAUCGUUCUAGUGGUAAAGCACUCGCCUGUGUGGUCGCAUUUCCUAAAUUUGGAGACCUGCCCAUCGAAUUGCGCUACAUCAUUUAUUUUCUCCGCAUUAAGGCUAAGAUCCCAGUCAUCUCACGAGUAUCCCAAGAGUCGAGAAGUGUGUUCCUCCGGAACUAUUGCCUCAUCCGUCCUAUGAAUGAGACUGACCAUACUUUGGUCCUGUUCCGUGCCAUGCUCAUUGACUUUCUGCCGGAGUCGAAGCAAGUCGGUCCAGCCUCCGAUCGACUUCAACAGCUGGUGUUUAUGGGAGAGUUUCGACACGGAUCGGCCGGCACUCAUGAUGACCUGAUAAAGUUUGGCGCUUUGAAGAAGUUGGUACUCCCAUGUCAAACAUACCGCUCUGGAGUCAAACUUAGCUAUGGACGCCGUAAACGAUUGGAGAAGGACAUAACUCGUCGGCUGCUGGAAGGCUACCUUGGAGUGGAGGAAGGAGGGAAACUUCCAGACUUGGAUGUUCAAUUCAAGAACAACACUGAGAUUCUGGUUGACAUUCAGAAUUAA